AUGUCGGCCAUCAAUGUCGAAAAACCUUUCUGGACGGCGGUGGCGGCGGUGUUCGCGUUGGCCGUCACGCACGUUAUGCCGGCGGAAAACGCGAGAAUAUUGGCGGUGAUGACGAUUCCGGCCAAGAGCCACUGCAACUUUAUGAGCGCCGUGCUACGAGCGCUGACAGACGGCGGGCACGUCGUCACGGUGUUCACGCCGUUUCCGGACGGGAACCGAGAGAACUACACGGAAGUGGACACUUCGACAAUCGUGUCGAAAAUCGUCGGCAUGGACCUGAUUGAAAUGCUACGGCUGUACGGCAACCCGUUGUGGGUGAUACCGACGAGGAUGAAAACAUACCGAACGUUCUGUGACGGUAUUUACAACGACCGCCGGGUGACCGGUCUGUUGGCCGACGGCCCGGACGGCCAUUUCGACGCGAUCGUUGUCGAACACGGCCCGCCGUCGUGUUUGUCGUACUUGACGGCCGGAACGGGACUUCCCGUCAUAAACGUGGUGUCGUUUCCGAAGAAGUUAUUCGCGGAAUCCGGGAUGGUCGGCGACGUGCCGAACCCGGCGGCCGUGUCGUCCAUGUUCUUCCCGCACGCCGUGCCGAAAACGUUCGCGCAACGGUUCNAAAAACGGGAAAAUAUAAGAGAUGACAUUGGUUAA